UCUCGUUGCAAGGCAUCACAGACAAAUAGACAUGUACAAAGAUGACCCAGAUGUUAUCAGCCAGAAUCAUUCGCCUCUUACGACCUCCGUUUCCAUGACCGGCAUCGAGGCUCGUUUUGUCGGAUCUACCGGCCAUGGGGUUGAACUUUUCGGAACUCCUGAUGAAUUUUCCGGAAGUCGGCAUGCCAUCAUUGCUUCUCAUUCACGAAGUAGUGAAGAUGAGAACGACGAUGAGGAUGAAGAUAUCACUCCUCCUACUGGCUUGUCUAUGUGGACUGUGGUACUGCUCAACCUAUCUUACAUGGGUCUUAAUAUGCUCGUUCUUAUUCUCUCAGUAGAACGUAAGUCUCUUACCUCAAAAAUUUAUAUGAGCAUUAAUUUCUACUUUAGUUCUCGAUCUUUCUCGAAAUCGCGUCCACAAUUAGUUCUUUUUCCUGUAACAGCAAGUUAA